GGAGCGACCGCUGCGAUGGAUCCUCCCGCCGGCUUUGUGCGCGCCUGCAAUCCAGCUGUCGGUCCCGAGAGCCCCCUGCCUCCGGAGGACACACAUUUCCGGGCCGCCCACCACCCAGAUCGCACCGCCUGCCCACAUCUACUCCGGCCCGUUCGGUCCCCGUCGGGCCCCAGUCGUCCCCCCGAAAUGCCGGUCGACUUUACCGGGUACUGGAAGAUGCUGGCCAACGAGAAUUUCGAGGAGUACCUGCGCGCGCUGGAUGUCAAUGUGGCCUUGCGCAAAAUCGCCAACUUGCUGAAGCCAGACAAAGAGAUCGUGCAGGAAGGCGACCACAUGAUCAUCCGCACGCUGAGCACUUUUAGGAACUACAUCAUGGACUUCCAGGUUGGGAAGGAGUUUGAGGAGGAUCUGACGGGCAUAGACGACCGCAAGUGCAUGACCACGGUGAGCUGGGAUGGGGACAAGCUCGAGUGUGUGCAGAAGGGCGAGAAGGAGGGACGUGGCUGGACCCAGUGGAUUGAGGGUGACGAGCUGCACCUGGAGAUGAGAGUGGAGGGUGUGGUCUGCAAGCAAGUAUUCAAAAAGGUGAACUGAAGCUUAAGCAGAUCUUGGUCUCUAGGAAUGAGUGACAUGACGGGGCACCGGGGUCCCCCCCUUUCUGCACAGCAUGGGGCAGAGAUGCCUGGCUACCCCCGCCUCUGUUAGCAGAGUCUGUCUCUUGGUGUUGUCUCUUUUCCUUUUCUUCAAAUGAAGCCAUCCCAAUAAAAGUGGUUUCUGCUUGA